AUGGUUGUUCUAGCGGCUUCGAUUACAACACGGACGGGGAAACCUUUGUUGUCGCGUCAAUUCAGGGAGAUCACUAAAGAUCGUGUGCUGGAAUUGUUGUCGAACUUCCAGAGUCUGGUUACCAACAUUUCCUCCGACCAUACUUUUGUGGAAGAUGAGCACGUAAGAUACGUGUAUAGACCAUUUGAUGAUUACUAUAUCAUAUUGAUCACGAAUCGUCAAUCUAACAUCAUAAUGGAUCUUUCGACGCUAAAUCUGUUCUCUCAGACUGUCAAUUCCUAUUUGAGUAGUUACGAUGAGGCAGAGAUUUUUGAGAAUGCUUUCGAAAUUCUCAGUUCAUUCGACGAGAUUGUGGUAAUGGGAUACAAAGAAAAUCUAUCGAUCACCCAGGUCAACACGUACUUGUCGCUGGAAUCGCAUGAGGAGAGAAUUCAAGAAAUUAUUGAGCGUAACAAAGAGUUUGAAGCCACUGAAGAGAGGAAACGUCGUGCCAAGGAAAUCGCCCGCAGGGAACAGGAGAGGAAGAUGGGUAUUGCACCUUCUGAGUUUGGUGCUCCAUCAAACAGGUUCAUGGCAAGCAACGAUCCUAACGUAACCAAUGCAUACAAUAGCUACUAUAGCCACGCUUCUCCUGCAGCUCAGCAAUCAUACUUACACUCACAGAAGGAAGUAGCAGUUGAGAGCUAUGGCUCCAAACCGGUGGAAACUGCACAACGCCCGGUUGGCAGAGGUAUGAAAUUGACGGGCCAGUCCAAACGUAACAUCGGCACGUCAGCUAGAUCAUCUACGGCAACCAGGGCUUCACAGCAAGAGCCAGAAGAAGAGAAACCCGCCAACAACGGUAUUCUGAUCUCGAUCAAGGAAACCGUUAACGCUGAAAUCACUCGCGAUGGCGCAAUCAGCUCUUCCGAACUCAAGGGUGUUCUGGAGCUACGAGUCAACGACCGCUCCCUAGCCCACGCUAAAUUGACACUCGAUGAUAGUGUGGACGUCAAGGAUAGAUCAUUACAGUUCAAGACACAUCCAAACAUCGACAAGGCAGAGUUUUUGAAAUCCAAGACCAUCGGCUUGAGGGAUCAGGACAAGGCCUUCCCCUCUAACGACCAGAGUCUUGGUGUGCUCAGAUGGCGUAAAGUUGGUGCCGCAGACGACAAAAGCCUCGUGCCACUCGAAAUCUCUACCUGGGUAUCUCCUUCUGAGGAUAGCGAAGGUGUAUUUGAAGUCACAGUAGAAUAUGAGACCAACGAAAACUGUAAGCAACCACUAGAGAACGUCCUAUUCACAAUUCCUGUGGUCACAGAAAAUGUCUCGAUCAACGCCGAAAAUAACGAGCACAAUGUUAACAUCGUGACUGUCGAUGGCGAUGUCGGCGUCAUCGUCAAGCUUGAUUCCAUCGCACCGGGCUCCUCCGGUGUCUUUGGACUAGUCAUCGAAGCCGGCUACGAAGACGCCUUGUUCCCAAUCAACAUCGAUUUCAAGAGUUCCGAGACCACUGGCAAGAGUUUAACCGGUGUAGCUGUCGCAGAAGUCACUAGCUCGCAGGAGGAGGAUCAGAAACUGCCCUACGAUGUGAUCACUUCGCUCAAAAGCGAGGAAUAUAUUAUAGUCUAA